ACACAUUUUUUCUUAUAAAUACCAACUUAAACAUUGGAGUAGUAAAUCACCAAAAAAACCUGCAAAUUAGUAUUGUUGUGUAAUGGCGAACCAAAUAUCAAAGUCUUUCUGUUUCUUUGCUGUCUUUGUUUUAGUUUUUGCAGUUCAUUUAAUUCAGAUAGAUGGCCAAUGCACAAAACUUGUGGGUAAUUGUGCUAAAUCAGAUUGUAGUGCUCAUUGUAAUUCCUAUGCAAAAGGUGUUCGUGUUUUAAAAGCAUCAUGUUCAUACUUAAACUUAUGCACUUGUACUUUCGAUCGACCACCACCUGGAGAACCAACACCUACGUGCGUUAUUGGGAUGGGAGUUUGCAAGGAUGACUGUAACGAUGCAUGUUGCAACCAAAAGUGUCAAAAGACUUAUCCGAAGACGGGUACUGGGACCUGUGUUUAUGCCUGGGAAAUGAAUCUUUGCCUGUGUUCUUAUAACCGUUGACUUUAUACACAAUUGAAAUAAAUACAAUAAAAUAAAAGAGUUGUAUUCCUUAUCUUAUAUAAUUUGAUAUUGCAUUGAUGUGAAUUAUCAAUUAUUUUAUAUAA